AUGGAGUCUGCUGAAGAAAGGCCAGUGGAGACCGAAAGCCCGGCGCAAGGCACCUCGGUGGAGUCUGAUGGUUACAUUGCUACAGAUAAAGUUCUUGGCUCACUAGAGAGAAAGAGGAAGCAUAAAGGGUUCCUGCCAACCAAUUCCGUGAAGAUCCUCCGCGACUGGCUGUAUGAGCACCGGCUUAAGGCUUACCCCUCAAAGAGAGAGAAACGAAUGCUGGCAGAGCAGACUAAUUUGUCCUUCACGCAGGUCUCUAACUGGUUCAUGAAUGCCCGCAGACGCAUUCUUCCGGAAAUUCUUCAACAGGCUGGAAGUGAUCCCAGCAUUAUCACCACGUACCACCAAAAAGGCAAGACUGCUGAUGUGACCUACCAGCAGAGCACCGAUCCAUCUAUGAAGGCCAGGUCAGGGCCGACAGAUCCAGACAAGAUACAAGGCCUGCCCCUGAGCCCCCUGCCGAUGGACCAGAAGUCAGGAGAGAAGCUGGAAGAUCUAGAGUGGGUCCCUAAGUUCCAGCCAAUGGAAAAGGACAAGAUUUUCACCGGCAGUCCCUUGCUUCCGUCUUCUCCGGAACCUGUUUCGACAGACAAGUACAUAGACUUCAGCAACUUCUAUUUGCUGGUCGAUGCAGCCGUACAGAAGGCCGCCGAACUGGAGCUACAGAAAAAGCAAGAGCCCAAUCCAUGA